UAUUUAAUGAUUGGUAAUAAUUACAAAAAUAGUCAAUACGAGUAUUUAAUAAAAUUCAAAUAUCCCGCAUGACAUGCGCAGAACUUAUAUCAAUACUAAGUUUUAUUAUACACACUGAUGGUUGAGGAACUUCAGUCAGAAAUUGCGUCAUUCUUGACCUACCAAAACGACUUGUAAUAUAAUUGUACACAUGAUGGCACCCAGAAAUAAGGAGAAUUCUGGUAGUAAAAGAAAGAAACAUAUGUCGGAGGAAGAUGAUGACGAAGAUUAUAGAAAGCGAAGAGAUCGAAAUAAUCAAGCUGUAAAAAAAUCUAGAGUAAAAAGUAAAAUGAGAACACAACAAACUUUAGAACGUGUUAAUCAAUUAAAGAUGGAAAAUGAACUUUUAGAAGAGAAAAUAAAAAUGCUUAAUAAAGAAUUAGGAUUUUUAAAAGAUUUAUUUUUGGCUCAUGCAGGUUCCAAUCAUCAUUCCACAAGCUUACAAGAUGUUGAUUUGAGUUCCCUCCUUACAGAUGAUUGCAAGUCAGAUGACCCAUUAAAGUCUUAACCAAUUCAAAUAAUAGACAUUCUAUACAAAAGGAAUGCAAGACAAUUUCAUUUCAAUAAGAAAUUAUAUAUUAUUUCUUUAUCCAAAUAAUGCACAACCAUCUUGGAAAGAUGUUAAUCAGUGCAUUGUUAUAUUUCAUGACAAAGAUAAAAAAAAUGAAUACUUACAAUAUCUAUUCCAACUAAAGAUAAUAUCAUCUUUGAAAAUUGAAAAAUUUUGAACUGGUACAAUAAAAAUCUGUAAAAAAGAGAAGCGUCACUAUUCCCAAAUCAAGAGAAUAUAGUGAUUAGAUUACUAAUUUGUGUAUGCAUUUACACAUUUAUAUAAGUAUCCAAAGAAGUGUGAAGCAUCAACUUCACAAAUGUAUUUAUAAAAGUCAAGCAUUUUGCUAAUACUGUUUGUAUAGUCCAUUAUAUACAUACAUAUAUUUUUCAAAUGUCAAUGUUCAACAUACAAUAUUGACAUUAAUGUUAUUUUGAAUAAAAUACCUUUUAUUUUAUUAAUAAUGAAACAUCGAGAACUUC